AUGUCUUCUAGAGUAUUUUCCAAAUUUGAAUUAGAGAAUUUAUUGAAUAAUCUAGAUUAUGACGAGGUUUCCAAACUUCCGUACGAUAACCCAGAUACUAUUGCAUAUCACGCAAGAAGAUACGCAAGGAUUCAGACCUUAGACGGAAUGGGAUUACUUAAAUGGAACAUAGAAAACGAGACGCAAAAAUUAUUUUUGGAAAAGAAUCCGAAUCUAAUCAAUUCAGCAGCAAUGCGUAUAUGGGAAACAAGACUCAAACCUUUUCAAAGACAGGAAUUCGAAAAGAUGGCAAAAGAUGCCAACGAGAUAAACCAAAUUAAGAGACAAAUUAUUGAAGACACGCAAAAUAGGAUCGCCAGAAUUGAUAUUACACAAGUGGGGAAUCUUGAUUUUGAGCAUUCCUUCUUUAAUGGGACUAGUUUCGGAAAUAAUAAUAAAUAUGAAUUUUUGUUUCCAGCAGGGAGUUCAGGAAACUCAGAAAUUUAUGGAUGGUAA